AUGACUGCGCAUCAGCGCAAACGUAAGACAGGAGGGGGUGCUGGCGAGUCAACAUAUCACCAGCGACAGCAACACCAACACCACCAGCAGCAUGAGCAGCAAGCAACAGCUUCAGACUCUGUCUCAGGGGCUGAGGAGCCCAUGUCGCCUCGUAAGACUCACAGCAACAUCGGCAAAAAUGCACGAAAGAACGAGAAGGGGCAGAACAUGAAGAGUGUAUUCUCUAAAGCUGCAACUCUCGAUAUGUCUGAUGCUGAAGAUGCACAAACUUGGUCGGGGUCUGGUGCCCCCCUGUUGAAUGCAGCAGUUGAACAGGACCGAGUACGGAAGGAGAAGGAAAAGAAGAAAGCAAAAAGAGAGCAGCAGGAUCGCAACAGGAGUAACAGGGAUAGCCACGGCAAGCAGAAGAAGGCGACGAAGGGCUCUCCUUUCUCUCGAUUGCUGCACUUCUUCACAGGCGGAGACUUUCGGUCUUGGCUGAUGUACUCUCUAGUUAUAGUUGGAAUCGUGGGCAUCUUUGUACUGAAGGCGCUAGAGGAGUACUACGGAAUGGACGGUGAUGUCAGUGGGGAGCAGAGGCUGCAGCACUUGAGUGUCCUCGGCCUCGAGGACGGGGCCUCGGAAAGCGACAUAAGAAGAUCAUACAGGACGUUGUCUGUCAGGUGGCAUCCUGACCGGUACCCAAACUGCGGUGCGAGCUGCCAGCAACGGUUUCACGAGAUAGCAGCAGCUUAUGAAUAUCUGAUGAGAAAACAGAAAAAGUCAAAUGUCGAUGAUGAAGAUGGAGGAGGCGAGGGAUCACAAGGCGAAGAAUUCACAAAUUUAAAAAUUACAUCUCAGGGGAUCGUCGACUUCUCGAGUUUGGGUCCCAAUGAUGUCUUUCCCCCAACAGCAGACACAAAGAACGUUUGGUCCAUCAUGGUUCACCAGGACAAAGACGAUUGGAGCCAGUCGGUGUACGAGAUGUGGCAGGAGUCAUCACGAGCAUUGGGAAAGUACGUAAAGUUUGGAGUUAUUACCAUUCGCGGGAGGAGCGGCAAGGAUGCGCUGAAGAAACUGCCCAUCAAUGUGAAGAUCUUCCCAGCAAUUCUGCUGCUGACUGCCGGCAUGCACCCGGAACAAUAUCCAAGUCUCUCACGGCCUUCUGUGGAUUCUCUGAACCGGUUCAUCGCCGACGCGUUCCCUACGACUCUUGAUAUUGUUGAGAGCGCUCGGGAGUUGAAGUCGUGGCUGGCGUCUUCGUCUUCUUCUCAGCCUUUGGCUGCGCAGUACAAAGUUGUAAUUGUGCCUUCGGCAGCCUCUGCCAGCAAGCCUUCGCUUUUGGUGAAGCACGCAGCUUUCUCGAACAAGCACCUGUUUAACUUCUGUUUCGUUUCAAACACGCGCUCUGUGUUGACGAAGGAAAAGGAAGAGCUACUCGCAGUUCUUAAGAACCCCCCAACCUGGGUCCCCCAACUGUCUGCCGACAGCGCAACAGCAAAGGCGCUGCGGCUGCCGCUGCACUCAGAAGAACUCCGAGAGAAUGAUUUCGCCACAAACUCAAACGCUUUACUUUUCGUAGACGAAGGCAGAGGCGUCAGCCGCAUGCAAGCAACGCUGCAAACUGCUCGCUCGAAACUCCUCAACCCGUCUACUGCUCUUUCUCUGGCUCUCGAGAGGUUCAAGGCGAACGUUGAACCUUUCCUUUAUCAGCAAAAUAGCUCAUCGCUCUGCAAGGGAUCGCUGCAAAGACGGGUGUUUUGCCUCGUAGCUGUUGAACCAGAGGAGGGAAAGACCGAUGCACAGACGAAGAAAACGCACAAGACGCUCGACUUGGCGAGGAUUAGGCAGCUGCUCCAGGCUUCCAAACAGAAGUAUCUUGCGGAUAACCCACGGAAAAACCUGGAAGCCGUCUGGGAGCGGGCGGUGCAGAAAGCACGAGACCACGACAAGUCAAAUCCUCAGAGGGGGGAUAGCGAGUCUGGAGAUUCAACUUUCUCAACGAAAGAGCCCGAUGACCUGCAUAUUGAGCAGCCAGAUGAUAUUGAAGAGGAGAUCAUUCACGUGCAACUCGUACGCGUGUCUGUAGGGCGACCGUUCGCGGUGCCAUCUCUGCCGGGUCUGCCCAAGGACUCGCAAUUCAAAAGAUUGAUGAAUGAAGAGCUGGAGGAUGCACCAAUUUUCUUACUUGAUUUGGAAGGGUCCCGCGUAGCACCUGUGCCUGCUUUGUAUGUGGGGGAGGCGGGUGCCUCUGGCGAGGGGGCUGAAGCUCUGUAUUCUCGUAUUUAUCAGAUUCUUGAUGAACUGCAGAACGCUACAGACGAAGACGAGGACGCUAAGAUCUCCUUUUCUGAAUUACCAGAAUACUGCGCAGGGCAAGAGUUCGCAAAAAGAUGUCUAGCCAGUGAACAGAAGCCUUGGUGGUCCUUCUUCCAGGCGGGGAGUCUGUGGAUUCAGCUGGGGUUGUUGGCGGCCGUUGGCGGUUUGGUGUUCUUCGCCUGGAACAAAAUAACGGCAGAGAAGUUCCUCUGCGGCAUGCUCCUCUUUUCUCUCGCGAUCGGCGCCUGGUCCUCCAUCCAGCCAAUCCUCUCUUCGAUGUUUGGCUUCAAGUGA